AUGGCUGCCUCAAGCUUGUACUCCCAAUCAAAAGAGUCAAAGGAAGGAGACGUCGGCCUUGGGCCUCAGCAAACUAUCGUGGAGUUUCCGGCUGGAUCAGCAGCAGAGAGUGACAGGGAGGCUUUUCUCUCCUCAUUCACGGCCGAGGAGGACCGCAAGGUCAUGCGCAAGGUGGACAGACGAUUCCUCCUCCUCAUCGGACUCAUGUACAUGCUCAAGAAUGUCGAUUACACCAAUGCCGCGACCGUCAAAGUCCUCCAAGUCGGGGAACCACGCAAUGUCCUAAAGGAGCUAAAUAUGACAGCGGAUGAAUAUAACUGGGUCCAGUCCAUUUAUUUUAUCAGCUACAUCGUCUUCGAAGUCCCCAGCAAUCUGCUGCUGAAGAAAAUGACGCCUCGAAAGUGGCAGUCUCGAAUCAUUGCUAGCUGGGGUUUGGUUCUGGCCUGUCAUGCCGCGGUACAAAACAAACAAGGCCUCUACGCCGCACGGUUUUUCCUGGGAAUGAUGGAGGCUGGCCUCUUCCCCGGUCUCGCAGCUCAACUCUGCAGUUGGUACCGCAGCGAUGAAAUGGGCAAACCAAUCAUGUGGAUGUUUGGGUUCCAGAACUGCGCGGGCAUUGUGGGCUCGCUGGUCGCGUACGGCAUUUCUUAUAUGAACGGUCUGAGCGGGUUGAGUGCGUGGAGAUGGGUCUACCUUCUUGAAGGCUUGUUCACCGUUCUUUUUGCCGGCGUCGUAUUCCUUGUUCUUCCGGACUAUCCCAAGUCUAAGCGAUCGUCGAAGUGGCUCACGCCGCGAGAGCAAGAAUACCUCGAGCUCCGACUCACGGACAACGCUCCUCGCACUCAUGACGCGGCAUUCAGCAAGAAAGAAGUGUGGGCGUCCCUGAGAGAUUCCCGCACGUAUUCUUUCUGCCUUUCUCAGAUUCUGAUGAAUCUCGGCGGAUACGGCCUGCAAUGGCAGCUGCCCACCGUUACGACGAGUCUGGGUUUUGCCGGCCUGCCCAGGAACCAACUGCUCAACAUCCCCCCCGCCGCCGCAACGGUAUUGUCCAUCAUAUUCGCCGGAUGGUUCCUGAGCAAAGCAUAUUUGACACGGCCGCAAUUCAUCAUGAUCAUCUGUGCCGCCGCUCUGGCUUUUUUCCUCGUCCUGUGCUUCGAUGUGAACCGGUAUGCCACGUACAUCGCUUGCAUAUUCGGGACCACCUUCUAUUCGGUCUAUUUCAUUCCAUUCUGGGCAUGGCGAUCCGCGAGCCUAGUUGGUGGCGUCGUGGGCCCGCAGCUGUUCCAAUCGCGCUUCGCGUACAAUGGAUACAAGACAUCCUUCGGCGUCUGUGCCGGCGCGAUCGGCGCAAGUUGGAUCGCUAAUGUCUGGACCUGGUAUCUUACGCACGACAACGAAGAGGACAUCAAGCGAGUGCGCCGGCUGAGGAUCAAGGCCAACAAUGCCGGCUCGGUCUGGGCUGGUCAAGACGUCAAAUAUUGA